AUGAUUGAUGUCGGCGUGGUAGAUCUGUCCGCGUCAAAGAAAAUGUUUCGUAAUGGCCUCUUGAAACUCGGUGACAACGCGCAGAGUAUUGUGGAAGCUAGUCUGCAGUCGGAAGCACUCAUGCAUCAACUGGCGGGCCGACUACUCCUCUUGGAACUAGCCGAGUUAUGCUGCCAUGGCGUUGACAAGGAGACCUUGCAUGACAGCCAUGAGAUACCUGAACCUUUGAGACCCGAUACUUCGCGUUUGAUCCAGUUUGCUCACGAGUUGAUGGCCACGGCUGAGCUUGCUGCGAUUGCUGUUGUUCUGCACCAAUUCAAGUUAUCGUCAAAACUCACGACCAAUGUUGCAGUCAUGACACGUAUGUUCGAAAGACUCUGGAGGGUUAUUGAGGCUAAGAGUGUUCUGGCAACGCUCCCUGAAAAGCAGCUUCCUGGGAGACAGGCCAAUAGGGCUCCAGGGAAAAGUAGUUCGGAGUCGCAGCAUGACGAGACGACCUCUGAUGAGCUGCUGCACGAGAUAAUCACCGCAAUGUCUGAGGUUGGAUUGGACAUCAGGACUGAGCUGAUUGAGAAUGGCAAGAUUGACAGGAUGAUCGUUGCACUCAACGGGUGA